GGGAAUCCGUGGGAGCGCAAACUCCGCCCACGCCACGAACAUCUCCAGCUGUGAGAGCGUGGGGGGGGUUUGCCUCGCGCUCGGAGCUCGGGUCUGCAAUGAACACGCCGCUACAAAGCUGCUCUUGACCAUGUAACAGGACUGCAGUUCACGGGAUAUUCACGAGCGAACGCUGCGGCAGGUAGGACAUCAGUUUAUAUCCUGGUGUGCUUCAUGUAUGCGGCUUGAGGGAAUAAACGCGGCUUUACGGCAUUCAGCAGGUGAAAAGGUUAACAAUGCACUGACCAAAAGGAUCACAAGACCUGCCACAAUUGUCAAGAGAUGAAUGUUAUUGUCUGAAGGACCAGGCAGAUGACCUUUUUGGGGAUGUGAAGAUGAACUGAAGCAAUCCUUCAUUCUGACUGAGAAUUCCAGCAGCAUUCAUGAAGUAUAAUUGUUAUUGGUUUGUGGCCAGUUUAAUUGGCUGAGCUUUCCUGGAGCUCUGUGAGCAGUUCUUUGAAUGGUCAUGGCGAAGACAACCGAUUCCCUUAAUAUGUCCUUCCUCCUGGAGCACGAACGGCAGAUGAUCUUGAGUGUUCUCCAGAAAGACGAGAAACUCCGCAAACGAGAGGAGAAACGCAUCAGGAAACUGAAAAAUGAGCUUCUGGAACUGAAGCGAGCCGGGCGGCGUAGUUCAGCGGAUCAGCGUGAGUGUGCUGUAUGUCUGCGUGCUCUGGGUCUCAUCCUGCAGAGGGGUAAUGUGUGCACCAACUGUCAUCGGCGCAUCUGCAACUUCUGCACUGCUACGCCUCCAGACAGCAACUGCAAAUGCACCGUGUGUGCGAAGACUGCGGAGCUGAAGGUGGUUACAGGAGAAUGGUUUCUGGAAGAGAGAUCCAAGAGGUUUCAACAUGCCAGCAUUACCAGCUGUGAUGAAGUCAAACAGUCAAUCCUCAGCAGUCCUUCAGAUGGAGGCUCUGCUCACAGAUCAUCAGAGAUGGAGAGAUUGUCCACGCCACAGCCUGAGAGAUCAGCUACGCCCCAAUCCCAGAAAAGCACAGGGAAGAACAGGAAAGGGAAGAGAGCAGUUGCAGUGGAAUCUUCAGGGUUACCAACAGUACCCAAUAACAUGAGAGCACAAAUGGUGAAAACACCGACCCAGACAGAGGCAAGAAACAGGUGUCUGUGUGCGUGCAUGUUUAUUCAGCCGGAUGGGGCAGAGAGCGUGUCUAGUAUACAAAGCAGUGACAGCGUUCCUGAAAAGAUGGCAGAUGGGCGGAGACAAACGGAUUGUAGCACACCCUCUAUCGCCGUAUCCAGAGCCUCCCUCUCAUCAGAUCGCAGUCGCUCUGAGGUGGACCUCAGUAAUCCCUGUGAAGGGUUCAGUGAAGAUCCUCUGAUUAGUCGAUGCCACUCAGUUCCAGGCCUGAACGAUGUGGACUCAGAUGAGGACAUUGAUGCGGUGUUAUCAGCACACUAUAAAACCAACCGGAGCAUCUGCAGCGCGCAAUCAAUGACCAGCAUCAACAGUAUGAUGAGCGUGUACAGUGAGACGGGGGACUAUGGCAACGUGCGGGUUUCCGGGGAGAUCCUGCUCAACAUCUCUUACAGCUAUAAAACAGGGGCACUCAACGUGCUCGUCCGCGAGUGCCGCUGCCUAGCAACCGGGGAUGAGAGGAGACAGCGCACGGAUGCCUAUGUUAAAACAUAUCUCCUGCCAGACAAGUCCCGUCAAAGCAAGAGGAAAACCAGCAUCAAAAGCAACACCACUAAUCCAGUGUUCAAUGAAAACCUGAGGUACGUGGUCAGUCACUCUCAGCUGGAGACACGCACACUGCAGGUUUCUGUGUGGCAUCAUGAUCGUUUUGGACACAACAACUUCCUGGGGGAGAUGGAGCUGACCUUUGACUCCUGGGAGUUUGACACGCAGAUAGAGGAGUGGUUCGCUCUACAGCCCAGGAAUGACUCUUAUGUGGACUCAGUGAUGCACUACAAAGGAGAACUGACAGUGGUUUUGAAGUACAUUCCUGCAGAGAGAAAUAUCUCCCUGCCUCUGGACCAAGUGCAAGUGAAAAAGGGAUUUCUAAAAGGAAAGAAGAAGACCAUCACUCUUCCUAAAGGAGGAAUGGUGGAGCUGCUGGUUAAGGAGGCAAAAAACCUGACAGCCGUCAAAGGAGGGUCCUCUGACCCGUUUGUUAAAGGAUACCUGCUGCCUGAUGACAAGAAAAGCACAAAGCACAAGACCGCUGUGGUGAAGCGCACCGUAAAUCCACGCUGGAAUCACACCUUCACAUACUGCGGCCUGCAGCACAGCGAUCUGGACAGCGUGUGUCUGGAGCUGACUGUGUGGGACAGAGAGCCCUUCGCCAGUAACGUCUUCCUGGGUGGUGUGCGGCUUGGGGCAGGGACAGGUCUGAGUUAUGGGAAGGAAGUAGAUUGGAAUGAUGCCUAUGGGGAAGAGCAGCGGCUAUGGCAACGCGUGAUUGACAACCCUGAGGUCCCGCAAGAGUGCACCCUGAUGCUGCGAUCCAGCAUGGCCAAGAGGAAGACAUAGAGAGAAAGAUGGAGAGUUUCUCUGGCAAUACUCAUCAAAUCCGAUCACCUCUAGACACUUUAAAGUGCUCUUUAUAUUCUUUGGCAGUACUCACACUACCCAGAGUCUCAUUCCAACAGUCAUAUGCACUCUAUUCUCAAAACACUCAUUUGUACACACACACAUGCACCUCUAAGGUCCUACACUCUAAAAAAUGCUGGGUUAAAUAUGGACAAACCCAGCAAUUGGGUUGUUUUCAACCAACGGUUGGGUUAUAUGUUUAACCCAACCUUCUGGGCAGUAACCCAACCGCUGGAUCAAAACAACUCAAUUGUAUUUAACCCAGCAUUUUUUAGAGUGUAUUUACACGUGGUAUUAAGAUCCAUCUUGACUGAGACAGAUUGGCAUUUAUACCUGAUGUUAUCAUAUUUCUCAAAUGUGUCUCUUGUGACCACUUGGGAUUGGAUUUCAAAGAGAAGAAACUGUGAUUUUAUGUCUACAUACAUCUUUUAUGUCAGUGCAGUACUGCAUGUUGUUAAAGCACAAAAAAAGGGAAGAAGAAAAAAACCUCUCCUAAAUAUAUUUAAAUUUUAAUCUAAGCACAGACAUAAAGAAGCUGCUUUGACAAUUAUUUUAGUCGAGUUCCUUCAAAAGUGCGUGCUUCAAAAGAUGUUGAUAUCAGGCUUAUUGAAGAAAUGUUUUAAUUGGAUGGUUAAUUUUAAAGCUGCAUGUAACUACUUUUCUGCCGCAGUGGAUGACGAGCAGGUGUACACUGUCCUUCACUGACCUGUCUUCAUUUAGCACUGAAGAGCUUGUGAUUUAACAGCUGAGAUGAAUCUCAUACCAGGUGUAAAUUGUGCGACACACUACACUCCAAACCAGGUGCGAUUAUAUUUCAAACCAAACGCUCACUGGCCAGAACUGUGAAUAGCACAUGAAGACUAUUUCAAAAGAGCACAGUGAACAUGAUCAACAAUCAAAGGUCACAUUUGUCCUGAAAGAACAAAGCACAAAGCACUUCCUCCAAACA